AUGAAGAGUAGCUGCAAGCGAGAUUCAAACCGGCGGGCAUUCAUGGAUCAGGUACGGGAGUGCCGAGACAAUGGCUAUCUGCUGUCCUCCAAGAAGAUCGGCUCAGGGGCUUUCUCCAAAGUCUACCUGGGCUAUGCCACUCAUGAGAGAAUGCGCCAGAACUACAAGCUGUCCUCGGACCUGCGAGCCAAGCGCCACACUAUGGUGGCCAUUAAGAUAGUAUCUACAGCCGAAGCCCCGCUAGAGUAUUCCCGGAAGUUUCUUCCCCGAGAGAUCUACUCACUCAAUGCCACUUACAAGCACCUCAAUGUGAUUCAGCUUUAUGAGACAUACCGGAACAGCCAACGCUCAUACCUUGUUCUGGAGCUUGCAUCCCGAGGAGACCUGCUGGAGCAUAUCAAUGCCACAUCUGAUCGGCGCUGCUGCCCUGGGCUGGAGGAGGAGGAGGCCAGAAGGCUCUUCCGACAGCUUGUCAGUGCUGUGGCCCACUGUCACAACGUGGGCAUUGUUCAUCGGGAUCUCAAGUGUGAGAAUAUCCUGCUGGCAAUCGAGGGUUUUGUGAAGCUGACUGACUUUGGCUUUGCCAAUCGGACUGCAGUGAAGAAUUCUUUGCUGAGCACAUUCUGUGGCUCUGUGGCCUAUACAGCCCCUGAGAUCCUCAUGAGCAAGAAGUACAAUGGGGAACAGGCCGACCUAUGGAGCCUUGGCGUGAUCCUCUACGCCAUGGUGACAGGGAAGCUGCCCUUCAAGGAGAGACAACCCCAUAAAAUGCUGCACCUCAUGCGCCAGAGCCUGGCCUUCCGGCCCAGCCUGUCCCAAGAGUGCCAGGACCUGAUCCAGGGUUUGCUCCAGCUGCGGCCGAGAGCCCGACUGGGCCUGCAGCAGGUGGCUUCCCACUGCUGGAUGCUGCCUGCGUCCCAUGCCCUGUUCCACAAUGUGCUCAGUACUACGCCAGGGACUGAGGAGAAAGCCCUCAGGGGUGAGCUGGCAUCAGGCCCUCCUUUCCUUACCCUUGACCCUGUCACCCAGGGGGGCCCCUCACUCCCACUCUGUGUUAUAGAGGAAUUGGAGGGAUCUGAACCACAAGACCAGGAAGCAGGAACCCUGACCCCUACCACCAUAAGGAUGCUUGAGGGGCCCUCUGAGUCCAGCCCUGAGCAGGCCCCAACAAGUGAGCUGUCAGCACCAGCCCUGCUCCGGCCUCCCAGUUCCCUCCUCCAGUUGCCAUCUCCCCAGCUGGCACAGCCUUUGGGUCCAGGUCCUGGCCCUGCAUCCCCACCCACUCGCCCUCCAUCAAUAGGUCGGCCUAACAUGCUGGCCAGCCUGAAGCCUAAUUUCCACAAGACUGGGAGCUUGCCAUCAUGGGGAGGAAUGGGACCCCGGGGCCCUUCAGGGGGCAGCCUAGCAGGGCCCAGUGCAUCCCGGCAGAUUCUGUCCCUCUACUCCAUGUCUGUGAUUCGGAAAGCCCCGCUGCACCGCCUGGUCAACUGA